AGUUUUGCACAUCAGACGACGAGAAGAGAUUUUUAAUCCUGGGGAAUUUUGUGCCUGUCCGAUACCAUCAGUUCUAAUUUUCUUUCCCUCUGGGCAAGGUUGGCUGUGUCUGUCGCCAGGAUAGUGAUCGAAAAACAUUCAUACAUACAUUGCCAAUGGAUUCCAGUCAGCAAUCUGACCAUUCCGAUGACGAAACAUCAGCGGUAGCCCUUCCACAACAUAUCACCGCCACCAGUGAGCAUGAUAGUCUUUUGCCAGGGACUGUUCCUGUUGAGCAUACUGUUCGGAAUGAUGAAGUCAUGCAAGAAGAACUGUCGCUAGAGGAAGCAGCCGCGGGUUUGGUUAAUGAAUCUGAAGAUCAACAGUCAAGGGCGCUAGAAUCAGUCGAGUCAGGACUUGGCAAUGUUACAUUUGAUGUAUGGUGCUCAACUCUAUUACCUUUGCUGUCUAUUGCGGACAUCUUUCAAUUGUGUGGGGUUAGUAGACGCUUGAAGGAAUGGUUAUACAAUGACUCGACGUUCAAGGGUCUAUGUCAGCACCGGUAUCAAAUCAGUCCAAGUUUGGAGAUGUCCUACAUUCAGAUUGCCAAGGUCAUCUACAUCGCCACCAGGGUAGCUAGCCUGCAUCAUAGCUCCAGUGCGGAGUUCAGGAACUGCGUGAUCCUUUGCGACGAUCUUAGUGUUUUCCAACACAAAAAGCGGUCGAUUGUACAAUUAUCAAGCCUGGCGCUGAGACUGCCUGAGAACGUGAAUACGCCUCCUAGCUGGACCAGCACUGGGCAGUUGAGGUCACUUGCACAAAAGCCGUGCCUGUUCGUCGAUGAAGCUUGUACCCACCUUCCAAACAUUUCACCGACGUUGAUCGAAACAACAUGCAACGUGGAAACAGGAUUCUUAUUAUUACCUUCUUUGUACAGACUUGAAGAUCUAGUGAAAUUGUCGUUUGAUAGGUGCAGCUCUAUUGAACAGUAUCAAACAGCAAUUAUCAAGGAUAUGGAGAAGGAUAGUUCGGAGAUGGUCCAAUAUUUGUCCUCAACGAACCGCUCUAGCAGGCUAGUGUGCAUUGCGAAAGGGUUUUAUAGCGCCGCAAAGCGAGAUUCGAUUUUAGUCUCUUUAGUCAAAGAUGAUCAUUUGAUCGCUCAACUCACAGAGUGCUUAGCUGAUUCUUGGACCUAUAACCCCUUCUAUCAUUUUCUUAUAAAUUAUGGAAACAGUGACAUACCUGACACAUUUGCCUCCAAACAAUGGAUUAGCGCGACUGCACUGCUCGCAACGAGACACUCUGUGAUCAAUCUGAUGAUCAAAGGCAGCCUACGCACAGAACAAGUCGAGGAUUACUUCACAGCUAUGCUUGAGUACAACAAGCUCUGGAUGAGUUUGCCACAGUCCAGUCGCCCCAGGUGUGACCAUCUAUACCGUGGCUUGGGUACCUACAUAUUUGAUUCAUCACCAGGGUCAGAUUCGAAGAGGACAUUGACCAAAGUCGAAUUCCUCAACGCUAUGAAACAGUAUGGCGAUGAACUUGCUGGCAAUGGGAUUUCGCACACCUUAGACUUUAAAUAAUAUUCCUCCUGCUGAAAAAGCCCCAACAAGUUUUGCACAGCAUAUCCCUAGACAUUUCUGUCUGUUCAUAAGUUUCGAUAUUGCUAACUUUGAUUCCGACUCUUUUGAUCUUGCUGACUUGCUCAAUGCAGUGUUGGUAUUACAGACUGAUACAAUGUUUGAGAGGCGACUAAGCACGUCUGCAAGCCGUGGAAGCAUUACGUCAUAGUUUAUUCUCUACCCGAAUCCUCACCUAUUCUCAAAUCUCGCUUCCACUGCUUUUUGCAUUUUAAAAUUUUUUAAUAUCUUUAAAAUUCGCUGCACGUACUUUGAAGUAUCUUUCCUAUUUUUGUCCACAAGACAAGCACAAGUUGAAAGUCACAGCUGUGCAGGACGUUAGCGGAUAUACAUGCAGGUCGAUGACGAUACUGGCAAGACCAUUAUUUUCACAAUAGCUGUAGAACGUCAGUACUGUUGGUCAGUUUUGUGCAAUGUUAUCGGAUGAGUUAAUUGUACCUCUUAAUUUGCUGGCCAAAAAUCCUAUAUAUAGGAUUUGAAAAUGUGUGGCUUUUAUGCCGUUUGGUAUUAGUCAUCACGACAAAUAAUAACGGCAUAAUGAUUUUCAUGGAAGUUGUAAGUAUGUUUGAGGCACGAAUGUUUACAUUUUAGAUUCAUAGGGCGAUAAUAUUUCUGAUGAAUACCCAUUUU